UGAAAAAUAAGAACAGUGACAGCCAUUUUUUUUUACGUUUCAUUGUAAACAAAGUUAUUUGAAAAGCGACGUAUAAAGAUAAAAAAUGGCUGGCAGAAAAAAACGUUCAGGGUGGAGUUUAAAGGAUGAGUUGGAGCUGUUGGAAAAAUGGGAGGCACGUUCCCACGACCUCCGGCGUGCAAAGCGAAAUGCACAUAUAUUCAAUGAGAUUUCGCAGGAAAUGGCGCAAAAGUAUACCGCCGAGGAAAUUCACUGCAAAGUGAAAAACUUGACGAAGAAAUUCAGAGAGGAGAAAACCAAAAUUGGCCCUUCUGGUGGUAGUCCCUCGCCUUGGAGGCACUAUAAUGCUGUGAAUCGCAUUGUAGGGUGUACUGCCGUUAAUUCGGCUUUGUACAUAGAAACGUACUCGUAUUCCGAGAAUUCAACAUUAACCCAAAUGUUGUCGCCGUCCGACCCACCAUUAUCACCUUCGUUGCCGUCACCAUCACCGUCAUGUCCGCUGCCACCUUCGUUGCCGUCACCAUCACCAUCAUCUCCGCUGCCACCUUCGUUGCCGUCACCAUCAAUGUCAUGUCCGCUGCCGUCACCAUCAGCUUCUUCUACAACAAGAAAACGUAAUUUUAGCGCCGAGUUGUUAAAGGUUUUAAAAAAACAAACUGAUAUAUUAGAAAGGGUUGCGGAUGAAACAAAGCACGUUUCAGAUGAAAUACUUCAGACUGUUCGACAGCACAAUCAUUUGUCCGAAAGAUUUUUAACCCUUAUGGAGAACAUCGCGGAGAAACUUUAAGUUUAAAAUUAUUUUAUCGUUUUUUUUUUGCCCGAAGCCAUUAUUUAAUGAAAUGUUUUUUUUUUAUU